GAGCAAACUGAAACCGAGCCGGAGCAGCAACAAAACAAAUGUACCGUCGCCUCACCCCCGCGGCCGCGCUCAGUGCACUCCGGCGGUUCUCCCACCUCCGCCUGCCUCCCCCCGCACCGGACCCCAGGCUCGCCUUUCUCCGCUCCGAGCUCGAGGACCUCGACCUCUCCCACCCACCAGCACCAACUCAACCAUCACCCCGGGACCAAUGGCGGGUAACCGAAGAGCCGGGAAGUGGCGGCGUUCUCACAGUGGGCAAACCGGAGGCCGUGGAAAUCGCCCACCCGUGGACGGAGUGGGUGGCGCUGAUGGAGCUCCUCCUCCAGAGGGGCCACCUCGACCCCUCCGCCUUCGCCGGCGCCGCGCCGUCCAAGGACUCGAACCUUAUCCGCACCGCCUGCCUCCGCUUCGGGCGCGAGCGCCCGGACCUCAUCAGGUAUCUAUCCAGAUGGGAUAUUCAGAUUGCUCUGCAGGGUGGGUGCCCCAGCAUUGACAGGAAAGUUGUUAAUUCUGGGAAGCGAUUACGUGCUCAUGUUGGACUUGACGAAGGAGAGAUUUGCAGCCAAUGCAAUUUAAGGGGAAGUUGUGAGAGGGCAUACAUAAGAGCUAGGAAGGAGGAAGUUGGCAGAAGUGUGGAUGUUAUGCGCAUCCUUCUGACUUAUGGUCUCGAUAUCAUUACUGGUAAUAUGGGGAACAGAGCAUGCCUAGACAAAACUGUGAAAGAAUCCGUAAAGAAGCUACUUAAUGAGAUUGUCGAGCUCGAUUCUAAGGGACCUGGUUCCAGAACUGAUAAAGCUGCACCGCGUACGUCAAAACGUCAAUCUGCUGUACCCAUGAAGCAGGGUGAUUGGAAUUGUCCCAAGUGCCACUUCCUGAACUUUGCAAAAAAUAUCAAAUGUUUGCGUUGUGAUGGUGAAUUUCAAGAGAGAUACCGGUUACUGCAUGAGGACCAAGAGCAUCUACCCCUGAAAAAGGGUGACUGGAUAUGCAACAGGUGCAACUUUUUGAAUUUCGCAAAGAAUACACGAUGCUUGCAAUGCCAUGACAAACCAACAAACCGUUUGCUCAAUCCAGGAGAAUGGGAGUGUGUCUCGUGUAAUUAUCUGAACUUCAAGAGGAAUGCAUUCUGCUUGAGAUGUGGUUGGAAAAGACCAAAAUCAUUAAACAGCCAAGAUAAUAUUGAACCACAUAAUGAUUUAGAACAGAAUAAGCCUCCUACUAUUUCAUUUGUUGAAGAUGGCAUCCAAUCAAGAAGGCGGCAAAUUCUGCAAAAGAAGGAUCCACUAUCUGAUGAAGAUUCAGAUUUCUGGAGCUCUGAGGAAAGGGAUGAUGACAGUGAGGACAGCAUGCUUCGAAUACACAAGGACUACAAAUUCCUUGACAGUUUUCCCAUUGUUGGGGGCAGGACUGCUAUUUCCCAAGAACCUCUUGAGAGGGAAAAAUGGAAGCAAGAGAUGUCCAUGGGAAACAAAGGGCUUCCAACAAAGGUAUCAGAAGAAAGUAACCUGUCUUCUGUUCGUGUUCCGAGAAGCAUGGAGAUUGCUGAAUCUGAUGAUGACGACGAGAUUUCGUCAUGGUUUUCUGGUGGGACUAAUAAUAGAAACCUGAAUAGAUCACUGGAGGAGGAAGAGGGGUUCGCUAUGGGGUCCGAGGGAUCCGCUGGGGUCGUCGUUCCAAGAAACUUUAGACUGUUAGAAGAGCUUGAGAGAGGUGAGAAGGGCAUUGGUGACGGAACUGUGAGCUAUGGAAUGGAUGAUGCUGAUGAUAUAUAUAUGCGCUCCUGGACAGGAACUAUUAUUGGUCCACCCAAUACUGUUCAUGAGGGACGAAUCUACCAAUUGAAGCUGUUCUGCGAUACAGAUUAUCCAGAUAAACCCCCUACUGUGCGCUUCCAGGCUAGGGUCAAUAUGACAUGCGUGAAUCAAGAAACUGGAAUGGUUGAUCCAAGUCGAUUUCCCAUGCUUGGAAACUGGCGAAGGGAACAUACAAUGGAGGACAUCCUGAUCAGCUUAAAAAAGGAGAUGUCAGCCCCUCAGAAUCGCAGGCUCCACCAGCCUCAUGAAGGUAACGAUGAUCAAAGAGUGGAACAGAAAGGACUAGCUAUUAGAUGUGUCAUUAUGUAAGAUAUGUGCAUUGCAAUGUACAGUGUUACACCGAGUAGCAUCAGAUGCGGAAGCUGAGAAAAUCCAGGAAAUCAUGUAAUUUGGUCGUCGCCAGUCUCAACAUUCGAUCUAAACUGCUCUAUUAUCGCAAUAAAAUGCCGAUAACUUUGUUAAUUUGUGUGCACAAUGGUGAAACAGUUUCAGUAAAUUUGAGAGCCAUUGUGCCUGCUUUCUCA